AUGGCAGCGAAAUCAUUCUCACCAAGGAGUAUCGUCUUUGUUCAUCCUGACCUUGGCAUUGGCGGCGCUGAGCGACUGGUCAUCGACGCCGCUGUCGGUUUACAGACACUUGGUCACACCGUGACAAUAUUCACUUCUUACCGCGACAAGGCGCAUUGCUUUGAAGAGGCACGCGAUGGCACACUGGAUGUUCGCGUGCGUGGUGAUAAGUUCUUCCCAUCAUCUGUUGGCGGCGGCCUAAGCAUAUUGUUCGCAAUACUCCGCCAAGUGGCACUGGUCCUCAGCACUGUGGUCUUCUCAAGCGAACUUCGGCAACUUGCUCCAGAUGUCUUGAUCGUUGACCAGCUGAGCGCUUGUAUCCCCCUGUUCCGAUUGCUCUAUCCCAAAGCAAGGAUUCUAUUCUAUGGCCAUUUCCCGGACAGGCUACUGGUGAAGCCCGAAUCGGGACUGCGCAAAUACAUCAAGAACGCAUACAGGGUGCCCUUUGAUGCCGUCGAAGAUUGGAGCACUGCUUGCUCGGACAGCAUUGUGGUCAAUAGCAAGUUCACGCGAAGCGUCUUCAAGAAGACGUUCCCAAGACUGCGCUCACGUGAGCUCAAAGUCGUGUACCCCUGCGUGGACACCGAGGAGGAGGCUUCUGAUAUGCAAGUACCCUUGUGGCCCAACAAGAAGCUUUUACUGAGCAUCAAUCGGUUCGAGGGCAAGAAGAAUCUCGAUCUUGCCGUGAAAGCUUACGCAGGAUUGACGGCGGAAGAACGAGGCAAGGCCAAACUCGUCCUCGCUGGUGGCUUUGAUCCACGUAAUCACGAGAAUGAUCACACUUACCGCCACCUCCGCGAUCUGUCAGACUCUCUGCAACUGACACAUGCAACAAGGCGGGAUCAUGGUUCCACUGCAAAUGAUUUGUCAGAUGAGAAUGCCGAAGUCAUCUUCCUACUCUCCAUCCCACACGAAUUGAAGGUUCGCCUUCUGCAGUCAGCUAGUCUACUGCUUUAUACUCCCGAGAACGAACACUUUGGCAUAGUGCCUCUAGAGGCGAUGCUCGCAGGCGUCCCGGUCCUUGCUACCAAUACCGGCGGACCUCUGGAGACUAUAUAUGAUGGUCGCACCGGCUGGCUGCGAGGUCCAGACAAGGUUCAACAAUGGACUGACGUCAUGCGCAAGCCGUUGAUUCCCUCGAGCGAGACGACGCUGCGCGCCAUGGGGACCCGCGGUCGAGAACGCGUGCGUGCAGAGUUUUCGCAAACCAAGAUGACGGAAGCAUUUGACCGUGAGGUACAGGGACUGAUACAGUACAGUGGCGCACGUCCGAGGGUCUUUCCAAUGUGGCUCUUGCCUGCUUUGCUUUUUGCUUUCGUUGCGCUGGUGGGUGCUCUCAUGGCACUUCAAGGCGCAGUCCUCCGGUUGCGAGGUACCUCAUAG